CAAACUCGGGUUUCUGCCGGGUUCGUCGUGCAUGCACCCACCCACACUUUGCGCCUCGUCCCCUCGGCCGCGCCAGCUGAUCUACGACUUGGCGGAGGGCGGCGUUGAAUGGCUGGGUGCACGCAACGACGCCGGCAGCACGCCGCUGCACGUGGCCGUGCGUGCCGGGACGCUCUCCGCCGUCAUCGCGCUGCUGGCCAAUGGCGCCGACUUGGACGCGAGAGACGGGGCCCACGGAGACACGCCCCUGCACGUUGCCAUCAAGAGGAUCGUGCAAAGCAUGCGCGACAGCUGCAGCUCAAGCGGCGUCGGUGAGAAUGAGCAUGUACAGAAUCUGUGCACGGUGGUGAAGGCCCUGGUGUUGUUUUCGGCUGACCUGACAGUGGAGAAUAAAGAUGGACAUUCGGUGUGGAACCUUGCCGCAGACGUGCACGCCGGGGGCGUGAAGGACCAGGUGUUGUCGCUGCUAAGACACGGGGAGGCUUAUGCACGAGCAUCAGCUCCAACUCCAGUCCCAGGUGUGAGUCGCCAUCUGAUUAUUUCAUGAAGCUGAUUUAAAUUUCAACAUGUGUAAGAUGUUGUGUCAUGCACCCUCCGCUCCACCCAGCACGGCCAGAGCCAUGAUCUUCGGGACUAAUAACUGCGUAAUGUAUGCAUGUUGAACUUCUUUC